AUGAGCCGAGUACUAUUCGAUCACAGGGCCAUGGCUGUCUCCCCCAAAUCGCUCGGCUCAAAAGGCAAGAACUUUGGCUGGACCGAGAAGGUCAAAGAAAAGCAGGUCGAGCAAUCCGAAGAGGAAGAUGCCGCAGACAAGAUGUGCCCCAUCUGCCACGAAGAGAUCGGCUCUCCCAGCUCAGAAGGCAUCGUCGAGACGUGGAGUGUUCUGCCGUGCGGGCACAUGUUUGGGAGCCACUGCAUCAAGCACUACAUCCAGAUGGUGGCCUACGAUCGACCGCAAUGCCCCAUCUGCCGAUACUCGCUCGUCCACGGCUGUGGACACCCCGUCCUGCCCGCCUUGUUCGUCACUAAGAGCCAUAACGCCGCCAAGGUCAACAAACAGACGAUCCGAGCCCUCGCCAUGACAUCCAUGCAAUACAACUGCGCAUAUUGCACGGAGAUGAUUGCUAGGGGGCAUGGGGUAGUGGCCGCGAGGCACGGCAGAAAACGACAAGGCACAUCGAAAUGGAAGCUUCUGUUGAAGAAGAUCUUCAGUUCACCACUAGCGAUAGACAGGUGGAGCGAUCUAGAGUCGGAGUACGUGAUUGCUCAAUUUCCAGAGACUCGAUUUGACAGUUGGAAUGGCGCGAGGGAUUAUGAGUGGGAGUGGUGGUGGAAUAGGCAGGCGUUGACAGCCUUGGCUUCCUCCACAAAACUUGUAGCCGCCCUCAACACUUUAGAAAAGAUCGCCUGGGUCCGGCUCGAUGAUGAUACAGUUAGGUUUACCGUCAUCCCCGACACCGGGUCGCAGGUGUGGGCCUCCCUCUCCGUCGACACCAUCUUCGACAGCUACCACAUCCAAUCCAACGAAGCCAACAACACCAUCAACCUGGAGCUUCCCCUCGGCCCGCUUCAACGAGCUCUCAAAUCCGCCCUCAACAGCAACCAUGCUAGCUUGCGUCUCACCAAGCGCGACGGCAUCCCCAUGCUCUCCAUGACCAUCCACACAAUGACCAAGGACGCUCCAUCCGCCGCCCGUCGAAACAAGAAUAACAGCAACAACAACAAUAACGACGACGACCGAAUGGGCAGCUACAACGACGACAACGACCCUUUCGCCGAAAACUCCCUCUACCCACAAGAAUCCCUCGAACUAACCAUGAAACGCGAGCGCGAAAAGGUCAUCACGCAAGACAUCCCCGUGCGGGUCCUGCACCCUGACACAGUCGAGACCAUUAUGCAGCCGAAAGUGCGGGAGCCAGACGUGCACAUCAUGUUUCCCCCCUUGUUACAGCUCAAGGCGAUUUCGGACCGGUUCACCAAGCUGGCCAUCACUACAGCUGCCUCCUCUUCCUCCUCCUCUAGACGCGAAGCACAGAAUCCCAAACUAGAACUCUCAGCCAACAUGCACGGCUCUUUGCGUCUCCGCUUAAUAGCCGAUACCCUGGACAUUACGAGUGUCUGGGACAGCUGUCUUGAGAAUCCCGAACUGGACCCGGCGGUGCUGACGAUACCGAUUGAGGAGCAUCCGAGCACGAAAUACAGGGAAGCCGGGCCGGAUAAGUGGGCGACGGUCAGGGUAGAUGGGAAGGAUUGGUCAAGGGUGUUGAGUGUGGGCAGGCUGGAGGCGAGCAGGGUGAUUGCGUGCUUUACGCACGAGCAUGCGCUCAUAUUGUAUGUCUAUGUGAGGAGGGCGGAUGAUGAUUAUCCGGGGGUGGGGGCCGGAAGGGGAGGGGAUGAUGGAGAUGAUGUUGUUACUUACUAUGUUUCAUCUAUCAACACGUAAUCCUUUCAGAAAAGGUUUACUAGUUAUUAUUAUACCCGACUGAAAGAUUUAGUUUCACAUGGCGUUAUGGACGGGAUACGGGAAGGGACACAGGCAGGCUGUAUGAGGCUUGCCAUCUUGGGGUUACAAGCCUGGAGUUGCAAUGAAGGACAGUCGCACGAUUCACUGCGUCAUGCACGAUGCUAUGCAUAUAAAUGGAGAACAAACGUAAGCAUUCAAAAAAGAAGAAGAAAAACCAAUGAUCCUCAAAUAGGUAAACAGAGAGUCGGGAAUCACAAUCAUGACCAGAUAUUUACUUAACACAUAUCUUCUCGAGCUGUAGUAAAUUGAGCAUGCU